AUGGCGUCGACAGCGCGCAACAUAUUGAGGGUUUCCUCCAUACCAUCCAGAUUUCAUACUGCAAGUAAGAGGACGUACUCAUUUUUUCCCCAGUCCUCAAGAUACAGUUCCAAAGGACAGUCCCUCAAAAGUAUUGUACUUCAUCAAAAAGGAUCCCAUCGUACCAAUGUAGAUUUAGCGUCUGUCAAGAAAUCUAAAGUUUUCGGCGCACUUGGGCUACUCUGGAAAUUUUCAUACCUCUCUGCAAUCGGAGGUGUAGCCUACCUUGUAUAUGGUAUUUAUGAACUUCGGAAUCCAGAAGAUCAACAGGUUCCGGACACGAGUAAAAAAACUCUCGUCAUCUUAGGUACAGGAUGGGGAGCUGUCUCUCUACUCAAGAAGCUCGAUACCGAAAAUUACAAUGUUGUCGUCAUCUCACCCCGAAAUUAUUUCUUGUUCACACCUCUCCUACCUUCUUGUACGACUGGAACAGUUGAACAUCGUUCAAUUAUGGAGCCCAUUAGGAGUAUAACACGCCACAAAAAGACGGCUGUAAAAUAUUACGAAGCAGAGGCUACCAGUAUUGAUGCUGAUCGCAAAGUUGUUCUGAUUAACGAUAGCUCUGAUAUGAAGGCAACAUCUAGUCUGAGCGAGGUUCCAUAUGACAUGCUUGUUAUCAGUGUUGGGGCCGAAAAUGCUACUUUUGGAAUUCCGGGCGUUCGAGAGAAUUCAUGCUUUCUUAAGGAAAUUGGCGAUGCACAGCAAAUUCGAAAAAAAAUUAUGGAUUGUGUCGAGACUGCAGCUUUUAAAGACCAAUCUCCGGAAGAAGUUGAGCGCCUUCUACACAUGAUUGUUGUUGGGGGAGGGCCUACUGGGGUCGAGUUUGCCGGUGAGCUUCAGGACUUUAUCGACCAAGAUAUCAAGAAAUGGAUACCAGAAAUUGCCGGCAAAUUUAAAGUAACGCUAAUUGAAGCUCUACCUAAUGUUCUUCCAAUGUUUUCUAAACAAUUGAUUGAAUACACAGAGUCAACUUUUAAGGAAGAGAAAAUUACGAUCAAGACCAAUACAGCUGUCAAGAGAGUCACCGAUAGAACUGUGGAAGCAGAAGCUACUGGGUCAGACGGAAAGAAGAAAUUAGAAAUCUUACCGUACGGUCUACUUGUUUGGGCCACUGGUAACGCUAUUCGCCCUAUAAUUAAAGAUCUUAUCCAAAAGAUUCCUGCUCAGAAAGAUUCCCGACGAGGUCUUGCUGUUAAUGAGUACUUAGUCGUCCAAGGGACCAAAGAUAUAUGGGCCGUUGGCGACUGCGCCGUCGCAGGAUAUGCCCCAACUGCACAGGUAGCCGUCCAGGAAGGCACUUUCCUUGCUCGCCUAUUCAAUACAAUGGCCAAAUCAGAAGCUGUCGAAACUAAAAUUAGUGAACUUUCUAGCACUCUUAACUUACAGCCCGGAAAUACAGCUGAAAUCACCGAGGAAAUCAAGCAGCUCGAGAAAAAACUGAGGCGUAUAAAGCACAUCAAACCAUUCAACUAUACUCAUCAGGGAAGCUUAGCAUACAUUGGUAGUGAAAGAGCUGUAGCUGACAUCAGCUGGCUGAAUGGCAAUUUUGCAACUGGUGGAGGCUUAACAUACCUUUUUUGGAGGAGUGCGUACCUAAGUAUGUGCUUUAGCACUCGUAAUCGUGUUCUUGUUGUUCUUGACUGGAUGAAAUCCAAAAUUUUUGGUCGUGAUGUCUCACGAGAGUAG